UGUCCUUUCUCGAUGUCUCGCGAAGAGGCUGAGUCAAGCACAUCAAGAAGACGGACUCGGAGAUGCGUGAAAGGAGAAUUGCUAUUAGAUUCACCGCGCACAAGUUGCACGAACAUAUUAUGCAUGAUGGGAUCUACCACUGCACAGGAUCAUUGGGGUGAGCAGCCCAGGAUGUCCCCCUGGUUGCACCGUACUAGAGUACAACCAGAGCUACUACGUUCGAGUGCGGAGUUUGAAACCGGAUUGUUUCCAACAACCAUCAUGAUCGUAGCACGUCCGCUAAGACAAACGCAUUGCAAAAUGCAAAUGAUGUCGCGCGCGUUGUCUGCUACAUCAGGGAUAGCCACAGGUCAGUAAAAUAUUGACAAGCGUGUCGUCAGGUUCAAAAGUCAUGCAGAUAUCCGCCAACAACUGUUGUCCGGAGUCAAGACCGCUAUGAAGACCAAGGACUCGAUAACUUCCACGACUAUACGCUCCAUUCUCUCGGAAGUUUACGCUGCUGACAAGUCAGCUGGUUCACCCGUGUCAGCUUCCGCUAUAACCGCGAUCCUACGAAAAGCCACCUUACGACGACGUGACUCUGCCAUUCAGUUCAUCGGUGCUUCCAGACCGGAUUUAGCUCAAAAAGAACAUCGCGAAGCAGACAUUCUUGCAGCUUUUCUACCCUCUUUGAUGUCAGAAGCGGAUAUCGACCGCAUUCUCAACGAGGUGAUCGCUGAAACAACACUUGAUGGCGAUUCCCGCAAAAUCCUUGGGCAAGUAUACAAGACCUUCUACUCUAAAGUAGAUAGAUCACAUGUAGACACCACCACUGUAAAGCGCAAGGCUGAAGCGCUCUUGUUGAACAUUUGAAUAAGUACCAACUUGAAUUAAUUAAACCAAGUAUACAAC